GGUCUUUGCUGCAACUACAGGGACUGAGCCAUAGUAAGGCAGGAAGAAACGGGUUAAUUUUAUUUUUAUGUAUUUUUUUUUUUUUUUGCUGAAAGAAAUCGCAUGAUACUGCUGGCAUGUAUCUGCUAACAGCUAUAGUUUGCCGAGCACAUUUCAGUUAUUCCACGCUUUUAUGAACUUCGUUUGAAAGGCUUCCGCUCGCACUGCCAUGGCAUGAAACUCUACACUGAUGGAUGAACCACGAGGGAAAAACAUUACCGGUUAUAGCAUGGAAAGAAGUGUAUCGAGUGUGUCCAUGAAGAUUGUGCUUACAUUAAUACCACCUAUUCGAGGGUCUGUAAACCUCUCCUGAGAAUGACCAUCGCUAGUGGGUCAGUGCUGUCUGCCAGAGACUGCUCUCAGGCAGGGCAUGUGAGGAACACACUGAGGUGGAACCUGUCUCCAGAUGAGAUCAGGACUAUGACAGACAGCUUAAUUGCCAGAGUAAAGAAGGUCUAUGACGACGUUGGAUCCCUAAAUAUAGAAAAUGUCUCUGUUGAAAACACCCUGAUGACCUUGGCUAAUGCUAAGAUGGAUUAUGCAUCAUCACGCCACGUUCUUGCCUUCCCUCAGUAUGUUUGUCCUUCUAAGGAGCUUCGAUCAGCGAGCACCGAAGCUGAAAAGAGACUGUCUGAGUUGGACGUGGAGAUAAACAUGCGGGAAGAUGUGUUCAAACGAAUCACUGCCUUGCAGAAUAAACAGAAAGACAACCUUUCAGCUGAGGAAAAAAGAUUCCUGGACAGACUUGUUACACUGGGCCAGAGGAAAGGAUUGCACCUGUCUAAAGAUAUACAAGAGGAAAUAAAAAGAACUUCCAAGCUCAUCAGCGAACUCUCCAUCGAGUUUAACAAGAAUCUGAACGAGGAGAGCAAAUUUCUUAUUUUCUCUGAGCACGAAUUAGGUGGGCUAGCUGCCACUUUUCUCAGUGGACUGGAUAAGACGGCUGAAGGACGGUAUAAAGUGACCCUGGAAUAUCCCCAUUACUAUCCACUGAUGAAGAGGUGCCAUAAUCCUGAAACAAGGAGAAAGAUGGAAAUGGCUUUUAACAGCAGGUGUAAAGAGGUAAACACGGCAAUCUUAGAAGAGUUGAUACAGCUGCGGGCGAAGGUUGCACACUUACUUGGUUACGGUAGCCAUGCUGAGUAUGUGCUGGAGAUUAACAUGGCUAAAAAUGCAAGCAACGUGUCUGACUUUCUGGACAAGUUCCAUGAAACGCUGAAGCCCGUGGGAAUCAAAGAGAGGAAAUACAUUCUUGCGCUGAAGAAGAGGGAGUGCCUGAUGAAGGGCUACCAGUUUGAUGAGAAGAUUAAUGCCUGGGACUUACCCUACUACAUGAAUCAAGUGGAGCAGCGCAAGUUUGCUGUGGACAAGGACAAACUAAUCGAGUAUUUCCCUCUUGAUGUGGUGACAGAAGGGCUGUUUGGUAUCUACCAGGAGCUGCUGGGUCUCAUAUUCACAGAGGUGGAACAGGCUGACGUGUGGCAUGAAAAUGUCAAGCUGUACUCAGCCCGGGACACUGAAACAGGGGAGGAGAUUGGUCAGUUCUACCUGGAUCUGCAUCCAAGGGAGGGAAAAUAUGGCCACGCAGGUUGCUUUGGGCUCCAGCCUGGCUGCAGAGGCCCCGAUGGAAAGCGCAGGCUGCCGGUUGCGGCCAUGGUAGCCAAUUUCACCAAGCCUAGAAAAGGUUGUCCUUCUCUCCUCCAACACCAUGAAGUGGAGACCUAUUUUCAUGAGUUUGGUCAUGUCAUGCACGAAAUCUGCUCUAAGACUGCUUUUUCAGAAUUCAGCGGAACAAUGGUGGAGACAGACUUUGUGGAGGUGCCGUCUCAAAUGCUUGAGAACUGGGUUUGGGAAAAGGAGCCUCUGAGAAGAAUGUCCUGUCACUACAAAGAUGGUACCUCCAUCCCAGACGAGCUGCUCGACAAACUGAUUGCCUCCAGAGUUGCUAACACUGGGCUUAUGAACCUACGUCAGGUAGUCCUUAGUAAGGUGGACCAGUCGCUUCACACCAGCCCACGUGCAGACACUGCUGAGGUGUUUGCAAAGCACUGCCAGGACAUCCUGGGUAUUCCUGCUACACCAGGAACCAACAUGACAGCCAGUUUUAGCCACUUAGCUGGAGGAUAUGAUGGUCAGUACUAUAGCUAUCUAUGGAGCGAAGUCUACUCCAUGGACAUUUUCUUCAGUCGUUUUAAAAAGGAAGGCAUUAUGAAUCCAAAGGUUGGAAAAGAGUACAGAAGAGUGAUACUGGAAGCUGGAGGCUCUGUGGAUGGGAUGGACAUGGUGAAAACCUUCCUCGGACGUGCGCCGUAUCAGGAUGCCUUUUUCCAAUGCAAAGGACUGGUUAACUCACAAGAAGCAUCAAUGUAAUCUGAUGUGAUCUUUAACUGUUUUUGUCAUUAUUAUAUUAUAUCUGGAUGCAGGUAAAUGUCAGUUGAGAAAUAAGGUAUUAUUACUAUCUUCAGGAUUUCAUACUAGAGUUCUGUCUGCCUUUGUUUAAAUGUCCAGUACAUCACGACAGGGCCUCGUCAUGACAUGUUCAAUGUGUUUUACAGCCUUUUUAAUUCGUCAUGGCAGAGGUGUUACUAAAACAGUAAACCAGGGAUGUCAAACUCAUUUUAAUUCGAGGGCCACAUACAACUUCAUUUGAUCUUAAGUGGGCCAGACCAGUGAAGCUCAACUACACAUUAAAUCCAUCAGAUAUCUUCAUAUAUGAACAAGAAGUGCAGUUUCUACAGUUUGUCUCAUUUUUAUUUCUACAGUUUGUCUCAUUUUUAUUUCUACAUGAUGAAAAAAUUGUGCCAUACUAAAUACAAGCACAAUUUUGGGGGGUUUAAAUUGUAAGAAAUUUAUAAAAUUACAGAAAAGGUUCUGGUUGCUCAUUGCCAGGACUGUCCUGUAAUUAUAAAGCAGAAAGCUUUUGUUAGUUCAGAGAAAAUGAUCUGUUUCUCUUUAUUUUGUCUUACUAUGAACCAAUUGAAAAAAACAUUUCUAUAGUAGUUACUGAAAAAAUGGGAACUACUUUUCUGUCAUUUAUUUGUUUAUCUUUUACAUAAUUACUUUGGUGUUGUGUGGAUGACCAUGGUGCUGUAGAACUCAUGUCCAUAAUUUAAGCCCUCCACAUUUUCCAAAGCCAUCCAGCAGGCCAAAUUGGAGUCCUUGCCGCCGUUUCUGGCCCCUGGGCCCUAUGUUUGACACUCGUACAAUAAAGAAUGGAUAUUUCUUUAUAUUAAAGAAUAUGAAUAAUAUGGUUUCCACAAUAGUUCUUUUUCGAAACAUACAUUCUCGUCAUUAAUUUCAUUACUUAUGCCAUCACUUCUGCUGUGACAUGUCAGAAUUUCCUUCCAUGCAGUGAUCAGAUAUGUCAAGGGUACAAAAAUAGUAACAGCAGGCUUAAGUUACAGGUAUCCAAGUAUAGGCGCUAACAUACCCUUACUAGAUUUACAAUAUAGUCAAAAAACUGUUUUCAACUGCUUCUUUCUGCUGCCACAUUAUAUUACAUUUAUCAGCUACCUACUCUUGGUGGCCUGACAACUUCAUUAAGUCGUUUAGAGGGUUGACACUAGACGUUAGACUGUUCAAGCCUUUUACGUUGAGCACACCCGUCAAACAUUAUGUGGAAAAUUCUACCCUUGAAAGGCACUUGGCUAUUUUAAUGGAUAUAUCUUUGAGCUAUCUUUAAAUCUCCAGAAAAAAGGCCAUAUUAUUCUAUUUAAUUUAAAUUUCCAGUGAAAUGCAAAAAUCUUCGCUGGAGGGCGCCACGACAUAACAAGAGUAAUGAAGGCUGCUGCAAACCGUACAAACACCUAUUUUUUGUACGUUAUAUGUAAAUGGGUUUAAUAAAAUCCCUUGUCGGUCUGGUUUGUAUACGCAUUUGCAGUCUGUGUGAAUAUCCUGUGUAGCCUAUUUGAAAGGGAAAACAGUGUCAAUAAGUCAAUGCACAGAGGAAGAUAAGCGGAAUCACUAGCAGUGUCUGGGUGAGAUAGUGAAAGCGUCGUCCCCGGGGCUCGGUGAGGCUGGAAAGGCGACUACUGGUGGACAGCUUUCUCCAUGUACCCGCGGAGGUCGCAGAGAAGAAACUCGCCGCUUCGUGCUGUGCCCCACAGCCUCAAUGUAGCUUCGUUCCAGUCAGUAGAGCUGCGUCUAUUGUAAAUGAGCAAAGACCUGGAAAUUAUGAGCGAAAACAUCUGGGUGCGGCACACUUUAGAGGAAAAGGUUUCGCUGUGCCGGAGGUGGUUCGCAGUUUUGCCUUUUGUAUUUCCUUGCUGAAUGUAGUGGACAUUUUGGAUUUUUUUUAAUGUUGUGUCAUUAA